GACCUAAUACGGCUACUGUAAUGUGACGUAUACUGUUAGUGACAACUAGGGUGCAUAGACAGGAGUAUGGGUCAGAGUCAGAGUGGUGGUCAUGGACCUGGGGGAGGCAAGAAGGAUGACAAGGAUAAGAAGAAAAAGUAUGAACCUCCAGUUCCCACCAGGGUUGGAAAGAAGAAAAAGAAGACAAAGGGACCAGAUGCUGCUAGCAAGCUUCCCCUCGUGACCCCUCAUACACACUGUAGAUUAAAACUGCUGAAGCUGGAAAGGAUAAAAGAUUACCUUUUGAUGGAAGAGGAGUUUAUUAGAAAUCAAGAACAGAUGAAGCCACUUGAAGAGAAACAAGAGGAAGAGCGAUCCAAGGUUGAUGACUUGAGGGGUACUCCCAUGUCUGUGGGGACCCUGGAGGAAAUCAUUGAUGAUAACCACGCAAUUGUUUCUACUUCAGUGGGAUCUGAGCACUAUGUCAGUAUUUUGUCAUUUGUAGACAAAGAUCUGCUAGAACCUGGCUGUUCUGUCCUCCUUAAUCACAAGGUUCAUGCUGUCAUAGGAGUCCUAAUGGAUGACACAGAUCCUUUAGUCACGGUUAUGAAAGUGGAAAAGGCUCCCCAAGAAACGUAUGCAGACAUCGGUGGUCUUGAUAGCCAAAUUCAGGAAAUUAAGGAGUCUGUAGAACUUCCACUAACUCAUCCAGAGUAUUACGAAGAGAUGGGUAUUAAACCUCCAAAAGGAGUCAUUUUGUAUGGGGCACCUGGCACAGGUAAAACUCUUUUGGCUAAAGCAGUGGCAAACCAGACUUCUGCAACUUUUCUUCGAGUGGUUGGUUCUGAAUUGAUUCAGAAGUACUUGGGUGACGGUCCCAAACUUGUGAGGGAAUUAUUCAGAGUAGCAGAGGAGCAUGCCCCAUCAAUUGUCUUCAUUGAUGAGAUCGAUGCCAUUGGUACAAAAAGAUACGAUUCGAACUCUGGUGGUGAGCGAGAGAUCCAGAGAACCAUGCUGGAGCUGCUGAACCAGCUGGAUGGCUUUGACUCCCGGGGAGAUGUGAAAGUUGUUAUGGCCACAAACAGAAUAGAAACACUCGACCCAGCACUUAUAAGACCAGGACGAAUUGACCGCAAGAUUGAAUUUCCAUUACCAGAUGAAAAAACAAAGAGGCGCAUUUUCCAGAUCCACACAAGCAGAAUGACAUUAGCAACUGAUGUAAACUUAGAUGAUUUGAUUAUGGCCAAGGAUGAUCUGUCAGGAGCAGAUAUUAAGGCCAUUUGUACAGAAGCUGGCUUGAUGGCAUUACGGGAACGUCGGAUGAAAGUAACCAAUGAAGAUUUCAAGAAAUCUAAGGAGAAUGUUCUUUAUAAGAAACAAGAGGGAACACCAGAAGGCCUUUACCUGUAACAAAAAAAAUGCAGCUCUACAAAGAGCAUUUGAUAUUCCUAUUAAAAAUCACCAUAAGUAAACUGUUACAAACACACUCGAUAUUGUAAAACAUUUGUUGAAAUGAACUUUGAGCAUGAUUCACCUUUAGAAUUUAUCACUUGUGUUUUUUGACAGUGAAUGUUCUGAAUUGUAUUUUUUAUAAUUGUGGGAAGAAUGCAAGACUAAGAAACUAAGAAUAAAUCUGGGUAUACUUGUUGGUCAGUUUUAA